CUCGGAGCAGACAGCGCGAUCAAUAGUCUCCUUGACAACGUUGACAAGGGGGUGGAACUUGUACCAACGCCGUUUUAUUGUCAAACACAUGGGUAAUUGUUGGUUUUAUGUUGGGUGGGACGUUGUGGUGUGUGUGGUGGUUUCGAGUUCAAAGUUUGUUUCGAUGUUUAUACUGUUUAGUCCAAUGAUUUCACAGGCUUGUAACUGAAUUGACAUCGAAAAUGGUGUGUCCUACUAUCAACUUAUUAUAAUACAUUUACUCAGAAGCAUAACUUGACGAUAUUUUGUAAGGAAGGAUCAUCAAGCACAGUCAGAGUAGCCCCACUCGUUAAUACCUGUGUAUUGGUCAGACGUACGAUUCUACUUGAAAUCAGUUUGGUUUUGAAGAAUCUUACCAAGGAUGGAAGACAAGAAGGAAACAACAAGUCGACCAAGACCUGGUACUUCUGCGAGUAGUACAAGUUCUAAAGAAACAUGGAUGACAACACAAAACGUGCACAGAAUGGGAAAAGGUGUCCUUCUCUACACUGGUCCAGAAGGUAAACGUCAACAAAGGGUCCAUGUAGAACCGGAGCAUCGUGGUGUUGGUAUCGGGACAUACUCAAGAGAGCAGACAUCUGAACUUCUCUAUCUUUGCCGAGCUCCAGCAGGAGUAAAGUUUGCAGAACAGAUGGCCAAGAAGCCUGGUGCCAUAGGUUGGGGUAUCCCACCUAAGGGCGAUCCUCGUAAAUGGCCCGUUCACAUGAAAUUACGCAGUGAGGAGGAAAUGCAGGAAUCAUUUGCUGUUGACCAAGCGAUCUACCAAAGACGAUGACGAUUGUAAAGCCAUUGAAGUAGUCGUAUUACAGGGCUCAGUCUUACAACAUUUACAAGAAUUGUAAAUGCUGACAUCAACAUUACAUCAAAUUGUAAAAUGCAUUUUGACCGUUCAUGUGCUCUACAGUAUGAUGUUGCCUCUUGUAUGCAUCAUAAUAAGUCAGUGAGACCCUCUCCGUUUGAAAAAGGGACGUUGUUUACAUAUAUUAUGUCAUGACAAAUAAUUAUUUUAUUAUAAUAUUGUUGGUAUCAUUCACCACUGAUUGUAAGACGAUGCCAU